AAGCCAUGGGCAGGCUCGGCCAUGAGCUGGUCAUCGCCCAUUUCAGUCACCCCCACCCUUUGGAGCUCACCUCCCUUCAUCGGCAACCGGCGACCUCCUGCGCCGGCUGCUCUCGCGAUCUCUCCGACCGCGCCUACUCGUGCAAGACAUGCGGGUACGCGCUCGACGUAUCCUGCGCCCAGAUGCCGCAGCGCGUCCGCCACCCGGCCGACGCCAGCCACAGUCUCACCCUCCUCACCGCCGGUGGCCCCUUCCGCUGUAACGCGUGCGGCGCCGACGGCUCCGCGUUCUUCUACCACUGCGGCGAGUGCGACCUCAACCUGCACUGCUCCUGCGCCGCCAUGCCGCUGUCUGUGGUCCACGCCGCCCACCUCCACCCUCUCACCCUCUUCUUCUUUCCUCACUACGAGAACAGGGGCUUCUCCUGCGACAUCUGCGGGCACCCCGGCUCGUACCAGUGGGUUUACAGCUGCGCCAUGUGCGGGUUCGACGCGCACGUCGGGUGCGCGACGGCGGAGGAGGCGCAAGCGAAUCCCCCAUGGCACGAUUCCGAAGGCGGCGGCAGCGCCCCACAUUUAGCUCUGCAGAAGAUGGAAACCGGCGUGGGUGUUCGUAAGAUCGACAAACGCAAAGCAAAGAGGAUAGCGAAGAGAGUUGCCGUAACAGUGGGGACGAGCUUAAUCUGCACUAUCCUAUAGAAUAAUGUGCUUGCGUUUACUUCAACGAUCUCAAACCUGCAGCAGUCACAGAGAAUUCCUCCUCCCUCCGAAUUCCAACAGAUCGCUUGUAUGUGUUUGCUUCGAUCCCACUGACCUAUAAGACUUGCUUGUUGUUGGUCGAUAUCUUUUCCGGCCUGAGAAGGCGAGUUGCAGAAUAGUUUAUGCGGGUCA